UCCACUGUAGGGGGUAAACAAAGGGAGCACCCCUGGCAUGCGGCUCCCAAGGUGAGAGAUGCAGCGAAUUGUGCACCCUACCCAGGCUGCUGCAUGGCAGCAAAGAAUGCCAAGUUCUCUUCACUGGCCCACGAUGCCGACGGUUGGAGCCAAGCAGACUCCGCGAUUGUGCUCCACCCUAGAUGAGGUGCGAAUGUCGGACUUUGAGAUCCUCGACGGGGUCGGUGGUCGUUCCUUGGGCAAAGGAUCCUUUGGAGUUGUGCGACGCGUCAGGAGAAAGGGAACCGACGAUGUCUACGCUCUGAAGACUAUGCAGAAGGUGGAGGUGAUGACUGGGCAGUUGAUAGAGCAGGUAGAGAGGGAGAUCAUGGUGCAACAGAAUCUCAAGCACGAAAACGUGCUACGCCUUUUCAAGCACUUUGAGGAUGAAGAGAAUGUUUUUCUGCUCUUGGAGUACUGUGCCAAGGGAGAGCUCUAUCAGCUUCUGAGGACCCAAAAGGGGCGGAAGUUCGACGAACAAAUGUCGAAGCACUUCUUUGUGCAGUUGGUGCGUGGUUUGAAGUACCUUCAUGCGCAUCAAAUUGUGCACCGGGACUUGAAGCCGGAGAACCUCUUGAUUACACAUGAUGAUGUUUUGAAGAUCGCGGACUUUGGAUGGUGUGCCGCCACGAAUGUACUCCGUACCACAUUCUGCGGUACAAUGGACUAUCUUGCUCCUGAGAUGAUCCAGGGAAGUGGUCACGAUCAAACCUUAGACAUUUGGAGUGUGGGAAUUUUGCUCUACGAGAUGAUGGUAGGUCGACCGCCUUUCCAGAGCACGAACCAUACGAUGCUCAUCGACAGGAUCUUGAAGAUCGCCAUCUUUUUCCCGCCUGGCUUGCCGCCUUUGGUGGUCGAUUUGGUGCGACGGCUGCUGAAGCGGGAGCCAUCCCACCGUCUACCGCUAGACCAAGUGCUAAGGCAUCCGUGGGUUGUUGCCAAAGCAGAGGUGCAGUCAGAACCCUCGCUCACAAAAUCGCAGCCGCCAACAGCACCCUCCACGCCUCCGUCGCAAAGCUCAAAGCGGUUACCUUUGCAACAAAGUGGUCGGGUUGCAUCAUGCGAGCAGGUGCGCACAACUUCGCCACGAAACAGUGCGACAGGCGAGCUGGGUGAGAGAUCAAAUACUUCGACGCCAGUUUCUUCAGCAGCAGCUCCAGUGCAGGCAAACCUUAUGGCUACACCAAAGUUGCCCCACCGUGCGGCAGUGAGAAAGGUGCAAUGGCCUCCUUCGCAAACUCCAAGCCAGGCUGGUGGAUACCAGAAGCGGCACAUUGCAUCGCCAGCGGGCACUCCUGUACUCACUCGGCGAGGUGUUGCCAUGACGGUGACGUUGACAGCCACACCAGAUGCUGGGCGGGGCCAAAAUCGAGGAGAAAAUGGCAGCCAAGGGAGAGCUGCACGCAGGUGGGAGAGUCCUGAGGCUCGCUCCAACAGCAAAGGGAGGUCGCCAACAUCUACAUCUGUUCCGCCUCCAGAUACAAGGACUGGACGGGUGACAGAAGUGAGGGCGCCAGUCUACCAGUCUACAACCUCCAUGGCGAGCCCGGUGCCACCGUUACGCACUUUGACCGCACAGCCACCGGCACGCUCGGUGCGUAUGCCUGGAUCGCCGCUGACUCCAGUAGCUCGCAGCUUGAGCCCAGUGAGCCAAAGCGUUCGGGCAGUUCACCCUCGAGGCAUAACCACGGUGCAGAGCAUCACAGCAGCCAUCCGCCCUGCUGUCCGAGCCUCCCCUACGAUGACAUCUCCGUUCCGGGCAAUUUGAGCACUCGAGGCAGCAGUCAAGUGCUGCUUCGAGGGCAGAAUUGUGCAUGGAGCCUGGCUUCUGAGUUUCCAACUUCUGAAGGACUCAGUAACGAUGAUUGAAAGCUUUGCUCGUGUGGAGCAUUGUGCCAGACAGCAGGGAAGGGGCGUGUCCUAGACUCAAAAUCAAGAGGUGACUCCCAGUUUGGACAAAGGUGUCUUUCAGGAGGACGGGGCUUGGACAAAGGUAGACUUUGGCGCCUCUUGGUGUGCGCCAGAUCCUGCUUUUGAAAAGUAGUUCGUGCACAACCUUAUCCAAUUCAAUCAAUUCAAGAGCUUAUGCUGACCACUGGUCAUUUCCUUCCC